AGGGUUUCAUAAGCGCUGCUGCCCCAAAGCACACGGCUAUUACGCGCUUGCAUGGAAGAGUCAACGGAGGUUUGUCCACUUGCUCCUCUUGAACCAACAUCCGCUAAAACCACCCAGCACUGCGGGACACGGAGCCAUCAGCUGAACAUGACGCAGACUUUGGUGCUGUUUGCGAGUUGUUUGUUGUUAUUCCUUUCCUCCGGCGCGGAAGGGAAGCGCGGCAGGGAGAGAGUUUACUAUGUGGGGAUCAUUGAGGACUACUGGGAUUACGCACCAAGUGGGAAAAACCUGCUUAACGGACAAGACAUCAAAGAUGAUAUGCAUGCAUCUAUAUUCCUGAGAAGAGGACCCCACUAUAUUGGCAGUGUUUAUAAGAAGGCCAUGUUCAGACAGUAUACAGACGCCACGUACAGCCGCCUGGCCCCCCGACCGCCCUGGUUGGGCUUCCUGGGGCCGAUACUGCGAGCUGAGGUGGAUGAAGUUAUCGUGGUCCACCUGAAGAACUUUGCAACCAGGAACUACUCUAUGCAUCCUCAUGGAGUUUUCUAUGAGAAGCAUACAGAGGGGGCGCUCUAUCCAGAUGGGACAUCAAACAAGCUGAAGGAGGACGACUCUGUACCUCCCGGGGGCAGAUACACUUACCGCUGGGAGGUCAAACCAGAAUUUGCCCCCACAGAUGACGAUGCCAACUGCCUGACGUGGGUCUACCACUCUCACUUGGAUGCCCCCAAGGAAAUCGCCUCAGGACUUAUCGGGGCUCUGCUCACCUGCAAGAAAGGAAUGUUAAAGGAGACCCACAAUCCAGUCCGGGGUCAGGCAAAGCUAGAGUCUUUUGUAGAGUCGGCCCGAUAUGAUGUGGACCAGGAUGUCUUCCUGAUGUUCAACGUGGUGGAUGAAAACCUGAGUUGGUACCUGGAGGACAACAUUCAGAACUGUUCUGAUCCAGCCGGGGUUGACCAGGACGACCCAGAUUUUGUGGAGUCAAACCUGAUGCACGCUAUUAAUGGCUACAUGUUUGGUAACCUGCCCGGAAUCAAGUUAUGCCAGCACCGUGCAGUGGCCUGGCAUUUGUUUGGCAUGGGUAACGAGGUGGACAUUCAUUCUGCCUUUUUCCACGGGAAUACACUACUGGACCGCGGCCACCGCACUGACGUCCUCAGCCUGUUCCCUGCCACGUUCGCUACAGCUGGGAUGGUCCCGAAAGCAACGGGAAAGUGGUUGCUGUCCUGCCAGGUCAAUGACCACUUGCAGGCUGGGAUGCAGGCUUUUUAUGAAGUGAAGGCAUGUGGCAGUAAAGCCGGCUCUACAGUGUUGGGUGGCGUUGUGAGGAACUACUACCUGGCAGCAAAGAAAGUCCAGUGGAGCUAUGGUCCCUCAGGAAGGGAUCUGAUUAAUAAUGUUUCCCUCACUGAGGCCAACAGUGCUCCUGAGGUGUUUUUUGGUAGAGAUGAUGGAAGGAUCGGAGGUGACUACCUGAAAGUGAUAUACGUAGAGUACACAGACCAUACCUUCAACGUCACAAAGCCACUAACCCCUUAUUCUGAACACUUAGGAAUCUUAGGUCCAGUCCUGAGGGCAGAGGAAGGAGACACUCUCAGAGUGACAUUCCUGAAUGAAGCUGAUAGAAACUAUAGCAUACAGCCUCAUGGAGUGCACUAUGAUAAACACUUCCAGGGAAUCAGUUAUGAGGACGGUGUUGACAAGCCAGGCGCCCACGUUGGUCCAGGGGAGAACUUCACCUACAUCUGGCAGGUGCUAGAAGGUCCAUCUCCAUCUGAUUCUCCCUGUAUCCCCUACCUGUACUUCUCUGCCACUGACCCCGCCUUGGACACCAACUCUGGAUUAGUGGGACCUCUGCUCGUGUGCAAGAAGGGAGCGCUGGGAGAGAACGGACUCCAGAAAGGUCUGGAUAAGGAGUUCUUCCUUCUGUUUUCUGUCAUGGAUGAAAACCAGAGCUGGUAUUUGGACGAGAAUAUAGAGAUGUUUGGCAGCAACAGGACGAAUCAAGAAGACGAGGACUUUGAGGAGAGCAAUUUGAUGCAUGCUGUAAACGGACGCAUGUAUGGGAACCUUCAUGGACUGGAGAUGUGUGCCGGGGACAAAGUUAGGUGGUACACCUUUGGGCUAGGUACAGAGGUGGACAUCCAUGGUGUUUAUUUCGAGGGGAACACCUUCAAGAAGCAGAGCACAACACGCGACACUGUCAGCCUGUUCCCUCACACCACUGCUACUGCCUUAAUGCAGCCAAGCAAUCCUGGCCUGUACGAGGUGAGCUGCAGAGUAACAGACCACUUCUCGGCUGGCAUGAGGCAGCAGUACAGAGUGAACUUUUGCCCACAACACAAAUUGAAGCUCACGCGCUCAGGAGGGCCGACCAAGAUUGUACAAUAUUUUAUUAGUGCUGAAGAAAUAGAGUGGGACUACUCACCUGAAAGAGACUGGGAGCUGGAGAAACACCAUGCCAAACCAGAGGACAGUCCAGGCAAUAUAUUUGUGGGGAAAGGACCAAAGAGUAUCGGCUCGCGCUAUAAGAAGGUGGUUUAUAGAGAAUACACUGAUGACACCUUCAGAGUUAAGAAGGAACGACAGGCCAACCAACAACACUUGGAAAUUAUGGGUCCAUUAAUCAAAGCAGAGGUAGGAGAGCAGAUUGUGAUCACCUUUAAGAACAAAGCCAGCCGUCCAUACUCGAUUAGCGCACAUGGAGUGAAGGCCAGCGGCGCUCACAUUCCUGUCAAACCUGGACACAUACUCGAGCUGACGUGGGAUGUUCCUGAAAGCUCUGGUCCAGGAGUCUCAGAUCCUAACUGCAUCUCUUAUGCCUACUACUCCAAUGUUAAUUUCAUUAAGGAUCUGUACAGUGGUCUCCUGGGGCCUCUGGUGAUAUGCAGGCUCGGGACUCUGCAGCGUGGUGAGGGGCCCGACAGACAGAGAGUUGACGUGGAGAAGGAGUUUGCUCUGCUCUUUAUGGUGCAUGAUGAAAACCAGUCCUGGUACUUGGAAGACAACAUCAGAACAUACCUCAGCGUCGACCCGGAUACCUUAAUUUCAGACGAAGACUUCGUGGAGAGUAACAUGAUGCACGGGAUCAAUGGUAAACUUUAUGGUAACCUCCAUGGACUGGUGAUGAUCUGGGGCCAAAAAGUUGACUGGUAUCUUCUGGGCAUGGGCAACGAAGUGGACAUGCACACCGUUCACUUCCACGCUGAGACUUUUACCUAUAAGACGGACCACGUGCACCGUGCAGACGUCUGUGAUCUCUUCCCCGGGGUUUUCCAGACUGUGGAGAUGGUCGCUGGAAACCCUGGGACUUGGUUGCUCCACUGUCACGUCACUGACCACAUGCAUGCCGGCAUGGAGACCACUUUCACCAUCAUAGAAAAGCCCUCACAUGCGCCAAGAACUGAAGGAUCCAUAAAGACACUGCUUCUCUCGCUGGCUCUUGGUCUCAUGGCUGUAGGGGUUGGCCUGCAAUGAUGAAGGGACUCUGACCACUGCGGACAUUAAUGCACUGACAACAAAUCCAGGGACAAAAUCACUGACUGUGUUUUAAAUGGAGCUCAUGUAUGUAAAUUUCAAGCAAUGAUUAGACCAGUCAAAAUAGAACAAUGUCUGUACAAUCAUGUAUAAAGUUGAAAAUAUUAUUUUUUCUUCUGGCUAAAAAAGAGCAUUUUUUAUUUGAGAGUUUUUUCUAUGUUGCCGUUUUUUCUGCCAAGUUGUACUGUGUUUGUUUUUUGCAAAGCAUUGUUGUACCAAUUUUUUUAAUUCCAGUUAGAAAUGUGCAAUAAAGACAUUUACUCCACC